AUCAAAGUUGACUCAUGCUGCAUUUUCGUCGUUUGGGAAACCGUCAAACUUGUCUUUUUCUGCAAACAAUUGAGCAGUAGUGGUGAAAAGCAUACUGACCAAAAGCAGCGAUUACAGUUAUCCCCAGUCAACUAUGGCUUCGAAUGCUUCAAGCAUGUUUUCUUUCUCUCAGACAGAACCCUCGACAGACCUUUUGAAUGGGUCGUCAUGGGGAUCGCAUGGUGAAGGACCACAGAACUAUCAAGAUUACCCGGACAAUGGAUCAUCCCACUCUGGAGAAGCCGAGGAAUAUCUCUUUACUUCAGGCCAGACCACCCCGAGAGGAUCAAGGACGGACCAGCCCCAGACCACGGAAGCCUUGUGGAACGCUACCAGGACUGCUACGUCCGCACCCAUCAUGGCUCAGGCCAUGACACGUGUGGACUCGAGCAGGUCCAUUGCCUCAGCCAUGUCGCAAACCUCGCGACUGUCUAACAUGGGCAGCACGGGUAGCGUGCCCGCAUUCCGGACGGGGACUCAUGCCACUGCCCCCAUGGCCGGGAUGGACUCAUGCUUGCUGCUAGACGCUGAUGCUGGCUCUGUGCCGCCGCAAAUGUACUGGGCCGACUACAACCUCGACAUGAAUUUGCAUGCCGAGAACCAGGGUGUUUACUCUCUUGCUGAUACCAGCCCACUUCACGUGGUGCCCGCCCACAUGCAUCUCGGCGCAGAGUCGGGGGUGCCGGACAACUCCUCGCCCAGUUCGUGGGACUGCUUUUCUAGCUCAAUUUCCCGGACAUCCUCCCCAGCGACAGUUGAUGAGACCUGGAUAUCGGGUCCCAUGAGCCCGCAUUCAUCUCCAGACAUCAAGUGCCAAUCGCCAAGCAACGGAGUUGCUCAGAUCGACGAGUCCAUGGGGCUCUCGCAGACUUUCAUGCCCCGCCGCCAGGGAAGCGACGGCGAGUCUGCUCGCGACCAUGCGCUGUACAAGAAUGCCGCGCCCGGACCCGAUAACCUUUUCCACUGCCCUUGGGAGGGCCAGCCAAACUGCAACCAUAAGCCCGAGAAGCUCAAGUGCAACUACGAGUAAGAAUCAUUGCGCCUGCAGCUACCAUUCGUGCUGGAGACUGACUGUUGCGCAGCAAGUUUGUCGACUCCCACCUCAAGCCUUACCGCUGCAAGGCCGACACCUGUGAGGGCGCUCGAUUCUCGUCCACUGCCUGCCUCCUCCGCCACGAGCGUGAGGCACAUGGCCUGCACGGCCAUGGUGACAAACCCUUCCUCUGCUCUUAUGAGGGUUGCGAGCGUGCUGUCCUGGGAAACGGCUUUCCCCGUCAGUGGAACCUAAGGGACCACAUGAAGCGCGUGCAUAAUGACCACGGCAGUGCCGGUGGCUCACCACCAUCUGCAUCUGGUGCGCAGUCCUCUGCCAAGGGCCGCAAGAGGAAGACCGAUGUCCCGGAACAACAGGCCACAAGCACGCGCAAGGCAUCCGUGAAGUCAUUGCCAGUUGAGCCUGUGCAAUCUACGACCAAGCCGCUCCUUGACCAAUGGCUGGAUCACCGCCGGGCCGUGGAGGGCAUGAUUCGUGGACUCCACAAGCCAGAAGACUCGCGGAACCUCCAGCAAAUCACUGAGGUACAAAAGCAUCUGGCGGCCAUGGCCAAAGUGACGACGGAACUCACCGGUAUACCCAAGUCGGACAUCAUGCCAGCUCCCAGCCGCAGGAGCUACUCUUCAGGCUGAACAACCAAAGCGACGGCAGCUUUCUUUGCUGUUACUUAUGUCGCCCUCAUGCCGGCGCCAGUGCGCCAACAGGCAUCAGCCCUUGCCAAUGGAGCUCCGCGGAACCGUCAGGAACCGUAGUGCGUGGCAAAAGGGAAGUCCGGAUCCGGACACUAUGGAUACUCAGAUCGCUGCGGCGAGAGCUUCCAAAAGGAUAGGCGGCGCCACCGCAGCGACGCUCCCUUGGGACCCAAGGGCAGUGGCAAGACCGGAGCUCCUAGUAUCAGCAUCAGGGGGCUCAACCCAAGGUCUGCUUAGCACGCCGCUUCGCGAAGCAUGGCGUGUAGUGGAAGGGGUUGUAGACAGUGAGCGUGGAGGAUACUCAAGGGACACUGUGUUUGAGAGAAUGAUACAAGGCAGCCGGCGAUAUCGUUGACUCUUAGAAGAAUUGCUCAGCUCAAUGAUUGAUCACAU